GGGCGACAGUGCCCCCGUGGUACAAUCACUCCGUCUUCGAUUCUCUCAAUCGGCCGCGACGAUAGCCUUGACUGCUGCAUUCUUACCCAUGGCGCUGGGACACGGAGGACAUCACACGGACAAGAUUCCGGAGGGACAGGCGGUCUCUCUGGACCCGAUUGAUACAACACUAUGGGUACACAUUUUCGUCCAGAUGCUCGCCUUUGGCGUUCUCUUCCCCAUAGGGAUGGUUUUUGGGAUCAUUAAGAGCCGGUGGCAUGUACCGCUACAAGUCCUCAGUACCGCGCUCGCCCUACUCGGUUAUGCCCUUGGCCACCUCCACGGCGGUCGGCAGUUCCACCCGAACAACGUGCACGCGGAGGCUGCCAAUCCCCUCUUCUUCCUCAUGGUUGCGCAGGUUGCGUUUGGCAUUUAUCUUAAGCUGCACCUCGAGAGGGGAAUCCACGGCCGGAUUCGCCCGUUUUUCCGAAUCCUGCACAGCAUCAACGGCAAGGCUUUCCCGGUGUAUGCGUGGGUGCAGAUGGUUUUCGGUGGCAUCACAGCUUUGGGUUUCUGCCAGGGCGACCAUCUCGGCCAGUGCCUGGCACACUUCAUCAUGGGGGGUGCUUUCAUCGCCUACGGUGUCCUCCUGACGAUCCUCUUGCUUGUUGGUCAGCUCUGGCUUCGCCGGACCGGCCGUAGCCAGGAAUUCUUCGACAGUGCCGUCAUCGCCGCCUGGGGCUGCGUCAACACCUUCACCGAGCACCGCUGGGGAACUGCGUGGGUCAAGAACGACUGGCAGCACACGACCAUGGGCAUUAUCUGGUGGAGCGCCGGGCUGGUGGGCAUCUGGCUCAGCAGGGAUAGGCAUGGCCAGCCAAAACGCAACUUUAUCCCCGGGUUUGUCAUUUUCAUCACCGGUUGGGCCAUGUCGGCGCACCCGCAAGAGCUGAUGAUUAGCGCCAUGACCCACCAGAUGUUUGGCUACACCCUCAUGGCGGCCGGACUGACGCGUAUCGUUGAGAUCUCGUUUGUCCUUCGGGAUAAGCAGGGUAUCUCUGAGGAUGGCACCGAGGUUAACAGCUUCCAGUUCAUCCCCGUCUUUCUUCUCUACGCCGCCGGCUUCCUCUUCAUGGGAGCCACCGAAGAGCAAAUGGCCCUCAUCGCCGGCUCUGGAAUUGAUCACGUUGCCUACGUUCUGAUCCUCUACAGCCUGGCCUCGCUGCUCUUCCUGUUCACUAUGGCGUUAAUCAACAUUUACGACCGCGCCAACCCGAUUCCGAAGAAGCCGCUUACCAAUGGGCAGGCGGUGCGCGGGGACGAUGCACGGCUGCGAGACGCGAAUGAGUUUGAGUUGGACGGCUUGGUCAGCGACGAGGAGGACGAGGAGCGCGCGGCGAGGAGGAAGCUGUUGACGGAUGAUGGUCUUGGGGAUGGACCCGAUACCCCGAGCACGGUGGGGAGGAACAGUGAGAGAGUUGCGUAACCUUCCUCACAAAGGUAAGAGGUGUAUAUCCCCAAUCUGCAAUGGCAGGUACUGGAGUUUUGGGUUGUUUUUGAACGGUGGAGGCAGGCCUGUCAUAAUAAGCAUCUGGUUGCUUAAAGAGCUAAUCACAAACGUUGAUUCCGCAUCUCGCUGCCAAUCGUCUCUGUGUGAACGCGGAAGGCGAGGCGACAAGCAGUAUUCCAUCCAGCAUUACGCAGGUGGAGAGAGAUCAGCCAAUUGUCACCAUCAUUUAGGCAACUGAGAUCAUGGUUGCAUCUCUG